ACUCCAUGGAACAUCCGUGUGGUGGAGAGUAUGCGUAGCAGAACCGAGCCAAUUGUGGGGAGAAAAAAAAGGACGAAAAAUUAAACAAUGAGAUUCCAUGAAGGAAAAAAAAAUAAAAUGAGAGAAGAGAAUCUCAUGUAAAAAAAAACUAAUAGGAAGAUCAUACAUAUAUGAAGAGAAAGAGCCAGUUGGUAAAAAGAACAUAGAGGAAAAAAAAAAUAAAUGAAGCACACAGGACGAUAGAGUCUGUAUGAAGAUUGGACCUCAUGAUGGUGAUGAUGAUGGAAAUAAAUACAACAUGGGUGCUCGUUGUGAAUAAUUGCACGAGAAUAAAUGAGAGGAAAUUAAUCGAUUAGGUGGGUGAGAACAACACCUAUACGGAAAAAAAGUACGCUCUGGUGCGUCCCACCGUUUCUUCAUCUGCCAGAACCCAUCAUUAUCCUCGUGGAAAAAAAACAAGUGCUUGACACCUCACACUAGGUGGGGAAGAGGUGUGAGCCAAAGAAAGGAAGUACCCAAUCGUCAUAAUGAAGAGACGAUUGAUUAAUUCCAGCAACAUCAAUCGUAAUGGGAAUGCCGAUGAGGAUUGGUGUGAGGUGACAGAUUUCCUUUUGGAUGGCUGGCGAAGUCACCUCCUUAUCCUCCUUGUCACGCUCAUUUGCUAUGUGAAUGGCUUACGGGGUGACUUUGUACACGAUGACAUACCUGCCAUCACUAUGAACCGAGACGUCCUGGGACACAAUCCACUCUCCCACGUCUUCCUUAAUGACUUUUGGGGCACCUCAAUGGGGGACGUUAACAGCCACAAAUCCUACCGACCACUCACAACACUAACAUUUCGCAUAAACUAUUUGAUGUUUGGACUGGAGCCACUGUGGUUCCACAUGACCAAUAUCCUCCUGCACGCCUUCGUGUGUAUCCUUUUCAGUCGAGUGUGCUCCGUUGUUGCCCAUCUCGAGAGGAAUUUCGCCACAAUGGCCGGAAUUUUAUUUGCUCUCCAUCCAAUUCACACAGAAGCUGUCACAGGAAUUGUUGGACGAGCUGAUGUGUUGGCUUGCGUCUUUUUUCUCUUAUCCCUCCUAACAUACCAUGGGAAAUGUGAAAAAUACCAAAACUUGAGUAUUAUCCUAGGUGGCCUAAGUAUGCUAGCAAAAGAAACAGGAAUGACAAUAUUCCUGGUAAAUCUUGCUUAUGAUACAUACAAAAAUUGGCUACUCAGGAGAUCCAUCACUGAUGUACGAUGGACAGAGGAGAGUCAACAAUUUGCAAAGAGACUCCUACGGACUGGUAUUACGGUGAUGAUUCUUCUACUUCUCCGUAUUGCCCUACUUCAAGGUACUCUGCCAAAAUUCUCCCUUCAGGACAAUCCAGCUGCCUUCCAUAGCAGCUUCCGCGUACGACUUCUCACAUUCCUCUACUUGGCUGCCUUCAAUUGGUGGCUCCUCCUAUGCCCAGUCACCCUUAGUCACGACUGGCAAAUGGGAUCAAUUCCACUAAUGUUGUCUGCCUCAGAUCUUAGAAAUAUUUUCACUGUAAUCGCCUUUCUCGCGCUCAUCCUUUUGGCCUUUCGCGGGGUAAUGGAUUUGGAUACUCAGCGGCAUACACCACUAGUCCUGGGAUUUCUUCUCCUCACACUACCUUUCCUACCUGCCAGUAAUCUCGUCAUUACUGUGGGAUUUGUCGUUGCAGAGCGGAUACUCUACAUCCCAAGCCUGGGAAGUACUCUUCUUGUGGUCUAUGGCAUCCAAAUUCUCUGGCAAGUGCUACCAAGAUGUCGAAAACUAAUUGCAAUGAUGUGCUUUAUAUUAGCACUUUCCGGAUGUGCAAAGACAAUCGUGAGGAAUAAAGACUGGCUCUCUCGUGAAAGUCUUCUAAGAUCUGGCCUUGGUGUUUUACCACAUAAUGCCAAAAUGCACUACAACUUUGGGAAUUUUCUUCGAGACUCAUUGAAGCCAGAUUUAGCAAUGGUACACUACGAGCGUGCACUCAGUUUAUGGCCAACAUAUUCAAGUGCCCACAAUAAUUUGGGUACCCUCGUUGCAAGCCCAGAUGUGGCGGAAUUUCAUUUCCUUGAGGCCAUUCGGUACUCAUCAGACCACGUGAAUGCACACUACAAUCUGGGAAAGCUCUAUAGACGCACAAAUCGCACAAUGGAUGCCAUACGGAUGCUAGAGCGAUGCCUAAUGCUCGAAUCGAGAUUUGUGCCUGGAUAUUUGGAAUUGUACAAACUCAAGAGUGGCCAUGAGGCGGGAAGACUUCUGAAGAAUGUGAUAAAAUUAUCCCCAAGGAAUCUCAAUCAUCUCUACCUGUACGGCAAUUGGUUGCUGAAUAACAAUUCUCCCAUACAAGCUCUGGAAUUCUUUCUGAGAGCUUUACGAUUAAAUAAAUACCACCAACCAUCAUUUCUCGGAGCGUGUCACACCCUUAGACAGUUGGGUCAGUUGAUGCGACUACAACAGCUUGUCUUUCGGUGGCACAUCAUCCUGUACCUGAACCGGAACACCCACAAACCACAUCACACCGAUCUCUAUUUGCGAGAAUGGCAAAUUAAGAUGGAGCUAAGAAGUCGAGCUAAGCUCUACGAUAGCCGCCUAAUGCACUCAACAUCCACCACGUGUACCCCUCUGCAUGCCACCAUUGAGGGUGGUAAACAAUUCAACUGCAGCCGUUCUGAUCGUCUGCUACCCAUACUCCGUGACACGCGAAUAGCUGUACCAACGGAACCGAGUAUCGUGAAUGCAGGUGCUUCAUGUUAUCGCUACUGGCGCAUCCGGAAGUGGCCAAAGGGCAAGCAACGAAGUGCAAAAAGCAAUCUUGAAACAACAGACAGUGUUGUGCCACUCCUUGUGUCCAGUGUUCUCGAUAAACUAUGAGUCUGUAGUGAAAUUCUCAUGCACAUAGUGCAACAUAUUAUGUGUUUUGUGUCAGUAGAAUGACAGCAUAAAAAAUCUCACGGUGAACUCUACAUUUUUCACAUCGAUCAAUUGAUUUCUUUUCUGUUAUAGUAAAACUUCGCCACCACCCGUAAAGUUUAUCUUCUGAAGCUGAAUAAAACCGAGAGAUUAUCUGAUUGUGCAAACUUUUUGCUGAUCAAUCAACUGCGCCAAAUUAAAGGAAAAAAAAGAACAACAUGUAUGCAUCAAAGUCAUACAUAAGAGGACAAUUAAUUGAUUUUUAUGGACAUGCAAGAGAAUUCCAAAAGCAAUAAUAAAAUAUAAAAUAUAUCGUCGUGAAGCAACCACCAAAAAACAACCCAUAGACAUGGAGGAAGAUUUUGGGGGUAAGCUCUUAAAUCUAAAAAUAAAUGAAGAAGAAGAUAAAAACAACCCAACAAAUUUUUAGCAACGAAAACAUUGAGAUAAAGAAAAGAAAGUGAAUAUGUUUUGUCACAAGAAGGAAAUUAAUAUGUGUAGAUAUAUUAUGUACAGAGAAUCAAUAUAAGUAUUAUUGGGUUGUUGAUUUCAAAUGAGGAAACAUUUUGGGUGGGAGUAGGUAUAUAUUUCUUAUAAAGAUGCACCUCUGCUUGAAAGCGUCUCACGAUGAAGAAAUUAAAAUAAAAAACAAACGAAAAAUAACCCCUUAAAAACCUAAAACUUCAACUCAAUACAAAAUAUAUAGUUAAUCCAUAAAGAAUAUUUUGAAAACCUUAUAUUAUUAUGUCUUUUACGUUUUUUUUUCUCUUAGAAACCCAUUGCAAAAAAAUUGUUUAAUUGAGAGAAUUCUUAAGGAUUUUCUUAUUGUUAUUUUUAAGAAAUUCUUUUCACAAAAAAAAAGAUUUUAGAAUGAAAAAAAAAAGUUUUAGCAAUUUUAUAAACAACGAAAUUUUUUUCUUGUUUUCAUUUUCACUAUAACUUGGCAAAAGUCAUCUAAUAAAGUCAAAAAUAUAUACUUAUUUUAAUUUUAUGAAUUUCUUUUCGCCAAAAAAACUUCUAUUUUGAGAUUUUUUACGCAACAAAAAGUUUUUUUUCUAAUUUAAAAAAAUAUUUAAAAAAUAAAUAAACUGAAAAGCAAUAUGUCUAAAUUGUAUAAUGCGAAUAUAAGUAUUAUUUUAUCACUUUAUAGCUAAAAAGUGAUUUAGUAAAAUAUUUUAUUAGUGACGUUUUAAAAGACAAGAGCUAUUGAUAAAAAAAAGAAAAUUUCUAUAAUUUUCUCGUUAACCAAAAUAAAAAGCAUAUUAUCUAUAGUAAAUUCCCAUUCUAUGCAAAAAAUAAAUAAAAGAAAGGAAAGGUAAACAUACACCAUAAUAAAGCAAUAAAAAAAUCCACCAUUUAGAAAAUCGAGCUGAGUGCUAAAGAGCUUUGAUUUUUGCGUCAAAAAAAAUAGAAAUAACACGCAGAGGUAUACAACAAUUAAAAAUAGAUUACACUAAACACCAUAAAGUCCCAUAAUAUUUAAUUAAUCCUAUCAAACUAAAGUAAAAAAAAAAUAAAGCAAAAAAUUCGCACUAAAAGCCUAAUGAUUUAUAAAAUGAGAAAAAAAAUGAAAAACAUAUCGAGCUGUAAAUAAAUGUUUAUGGUGCAAAAAUAAAUUUAAAAAUAAAAAUAUUUUAUAAGAAUUUGCAUGAAGUACAAGACAGUGUUGUUGUAAAGCCAACAAAAUACUUAAGAACACAGCUCUGAUUAAAAUAUGGUUUCGUCUUUAACGUAAAAGAAUGUAAAAACAGUUUUUUGAAGAAAAAAAGUCUUUUAUGUUUUAAUUUUAACCAAAAAAAAAGAAAAAAAAUCAAAUCAAGUAAAAAAUAUAAUUUUUUAAUACACCACAAAAUGAAAACUUUUUCUUUAUCAAUUUCGGACCAAUUCAGGGCAAAAUUCAAAGUUAUCACACUUUUAUUUGAAAAAAAAAACUUUUCUUUGAAAUUAAAGAUGAUUGUUUUUUUUUUAAUUAAAACUAUUUUUAAUUAAAACUAAAUAUUAUCAGGCAGAAACACCAAAAUUGUAAAAUAUAAAAUGUAACAUGUAAUUUAAGAAUAUUUAUGUUACUUUUGUAAUUAAGAGAUAAACUAAAAAAAAAAUGGGGGAAACUGAAAGUAUUCUUUAUCUAUUACAAAAUAAAGUUAUUGUGGAAUAAAAUAAUUUUAAGAAAAAAAUAGGAAUGAGGGAAAACUACAUUAGAAGAUAAAUUAACUAUUUUAUUAUAAUAAAAAAAUAAAUGAAAAAGGAGAAAAUAAAAUCUAACUCUAUCUAACAUAAAAAUAAGACAUCUCUAUAAAUAUUAAGCUAAAAAACUCAUCCUUGUAGAUCUAUAACAAAAUGCAUUAGUCUGAGUGAGUGAGAGAGAGAGAGAAGAGUAAAAAAAAUUGAAGAAACUACUCACAAAGGGAACAAAAUUAAGAGAAAAAAAUACAAAACAAAGCUUGAGAGACACCCUGUGCUGGCUUUCAAACUAGUAUAUACAUAUAAUACAUUUUACCAACUUCAAUUUCCACGCAUAUAUGUAUGCCAGAAAAAAAGCAAAAAAAAGACAAGCGACGAAGUAAAUGAAAAACAAGUGAAAAUAAUGAGAAAAUAAAAUGAAAUAUGUUUCAUAUUCAGAGGAAA